CUUCGCAUCAUUGUCUCUCCCCAACCCCCCGCUGACACAACACCAAUGAGACCUUUAAACUGAACCAUCAGAUCGCCCACACGACAUGCCUGCCGACGACCGAAGCGGCAAACAGGCUGCGGCCCAACAAGCCGUCGACAUUCUGCAUGAGAUCUCUACCAUUCUCAACUGCCACUUGGAUCGUCGCACACUCUCCAUAUGCAUUUCAAUGAUUGAGAAUGGAGUCAACCCUGAGGCUCUCGCCACUGUUGUGAAGGAGCUGAGGAAAGAGUCUCAGGAAGUAGACGCACAGAUCGCCUCGCGGUAGAUAU